GUGCGGGACUUCGGCAUCAGUGAUCGCAGAGUUAAACAACAGCGCUGAAGAUGUGGGUCUGUGUGCAACUGUAGUGGCAUUGCUGUGUUCUUUCUGUUUUUCAUUUAGUGCCCGACGAAUUAACUGGCGGUAGAAUGGAUUCAGAAGGAAGAGCGUCAAAAAUAAAUACUUCUUUCAACGAUGUAACUCAAAGUAUGGAAGAAGACCCACUAGUUGAAGGACCUCUCAUUUCACCACAUGUCCUGGAUUCUGAUAUUAAAUCAGAGUUUCAGAAAUUGCCUACUUGGUGGUUUGCAUUUCUCCUUUCAUUCCUUCAUGUUGCCUUUGUCAUCCUCUCCAUUGUGCUAGCUGUUUUCUGUUCCAUCAGAGAGGACAACACAGAGGAGUGUAAGCGUUAUUUACAGGACUUUAAGACUAAGACUGUAAUCGUCAUUAGCAAAGUCGCCCUGUGGCUUCUACAUGCUGUUUUUGAGCAGUUUGUACAGCACCAUCACAGCAGGACCCGGAACAGAGGAUACUUGCAGUUCUAUCGAUCCACACGGAACUUGAAGCAUCUGCCGCUGUUCAUACAUUCUGCAGGGAAUGCAGGACUGCUACUUGUCCUGUCUAUGAAACUGUCAUUUCCGACUGACAAUCACCUAUACAUGUAUAUCAUCCUUGGACUUCUGGGGCUGGAGCUCUGUUUCUCCAUUCCCUGCCUUAUAAUUUACACAGUGAAAGUUAUAAACUUCAACAAAGAAAAGCCAGGUCCUGAUAUCAGUCAGGAGGAACGUUCAAAUGCAUAUCCAAGCAGAAGAAGUCUGAUUAACACAGAGACUGGGUUCAGGGACUGUUCAAGUUUGGAAGAAGUUGUGGAAAAGCAAGCAGAUCUGAUUGAGUACCUGAAGUAG